AUGAUUGUGAAGUUUGAUGCAGAGCUUGAGUUUGGGUCUGAGUUCAUGCACGUUAUCCUAUUGUUGCGGCUAGAAGAGCGUAGAGAGCUGGCACGGUGGGCGUGCUGGUAUUUCCUGCCUUUCAGGUGUUUGCGGUUUCGAUGUGGAGUAGGCGGCAGUUGCUCUGCUGCUGGGCGAGGACAACGCGAUUGGAAGUUUGGGUUGGGGGAUUCUUUCGCGCAGAGAACCCAGCUAUGGUGGGUCUUAAACAGAGGGGCCGGCCUGGUGAUCUGCGUCGUUGAGAGGAUGAGGCACGUCGCGUGCAUGUGGACAUGGUGGGUAGGCGUCGAUUGA